UCAUACGCAACCUAGCACGGGUUACGUAGAAGAAGAGGGUAAAAACAGUGAGGAAAGAGAAGUAAAGUUGGUUUAAAGUGGGAGCCAUGGCGCUGGGAGACUGCUGGAAGCACUUAUCCUGGUUUUACUACCAAUAUCUCCUGGUGACGGCGCUCUACAUGCUGGAGCCCUGGGAGAGGACCGUGUUCAACUCUCUGCUGGUCUCGGUAGCCGGCAUGGCCGUCUACACCGGCUACGUCUUCAUGCCGCAGCACAUCAUGGCCAUCCUGCACUACUUCGAGGUCGUCCAAUGACACGACGCCUCCGUCUGUCCCCGGGUCCGUCUGUCUCCGUCCCGUCCGUCCUUUGUCCGCCGGCCGUCCUGGACCUGAGGCGGGGGAUGGAUUCAGAGGCUCCUCCUCUGAGGAGCUGAUUCAGCAGCAAAGCUCCAGACAUGGCCUCAGUUUCUUCUUCUCUGAGAUGUUUGGGGCUGUGAACAGUGUCGAGGCCAUGUUCCUGGUUUCCUUUCACACCAGUUUUUUGUUUUUUUAUCUGUUAAUCAAGCGCACCUUACUGUACGGAUGUGUGGACCUGUUGGACUCUUUUUCCAUUUUAUUCCAUGAAGACGUGAAACCAUUGUUGUCUUAAGAGUUUUAUGCAGCAAACGCAGCAGCUGAUGUUGUGUUAUUCCAUUUUAAUGAGCCAAAUGUGGUUUAUAGGAGCAGGAUCAGGUCUCACUGUCUGCUUCGUCCUGCUAUUUUCACUCUUUACCAUCAUCAUCAUCAAAGAUCUGUCUUAUAUUUAUCAUAACUUAAUGUAAUUAGCUCCUUCAUUUACACUCCAGUCGGGCAGCAGCUGCAGGAGGUGUUGUUUAUUUUUAUUAAGUCAUUUUAAAGCUAAACAAACACUUGGCAGAUACAUUAUUUUUUUUGUACUUCAGAGAGGAAGCACUCAAUCAGAGCGAGCAAAGGAUGUAUUUUAGUGUGUGAAUGAUUUAUUUUUGUUUUGAAAUUCAGACCAAACGGAGCCUGAGAAACUCUGCUGUGCAGUUUAGAUAUGAACAAGUCUGUCAGACAAUAUUACUGUCAUUGAAAGACCAUUUAUGAACAUUUAUGACACUGAUAAAAUAAAAUGGCUGCACAAAACUUGCCCGACUUUUGUGCAGGGAAACAGGCAAAUAAAACAUUUGCUUCUGGCUGUGAAGCAUCUUUGCAUCAUCACAUGUGUGGCUGCAGACUUAAACCUGGAAUGGUAGAAAAACCUGUAGAUUCUCAGUUCAGUAAACAGAAAUAUGAAACAUUUAGCACAGUGGUAUAAAGAGUUAUUAAAUCAUUAACAGGGCUGUAAACUCACACACUGAUCUGGCUUUUGUUGAGCUCAGCUGGUUUUUCGGCUCUGUGUGCCGAAGUCUUAUAACUGCAGUGAAAACUCUGCUGUUUCUUCUGGUGACAUCUUUAUGAAUAUGGACCUGAGCUCCAUCAGUUGAUGUUGUAAUUAUAGUAACAAGUCUGUCUAUUAUCCCUCUGAACCCCACCAUCCCGCCAGCAUUAGAAAAGUAUGUUUUCUUUAAAAGAUAAAAAUAUGCUUAUAUCUUAAAAAGAGGCAUUAUCGUCUGAAUACUGAGACGGUCCUUGAACUGAUCGGCUAAGAAAAUUUCUGUUGUGAAAAGUGACCAAAACUUGUGUUAAAAUGUUGAUAUUUGUGUUCAGAAUCUCUUUAUUCUCCAUGUGUACAUUCUGCUCCUCAGAGACACUGUGAAGACAUGAUUGAUUCUGCUGAGACCAACAGUCACAUGACAAAUAUUCACUGAAAAUCUGUUUACACAGAGCAGAGAGGAGAGGACAGGAGAAGCUGUUUACACAGAGCAGAGAGGAGAGGCUGAAAACAUGACAAUACUUCAAUAUGUGGAGAUAAGUUUCAUUUUAUUCAAUUAAAAAAGAGCAAAAAAACUCCCUGAAAACAGCUUGUUGGGGUUCAGAGGUGUUAGAAAAACCCCACAACUUUCCUUUUUAAACUUCACACAGCAGACAGUGUUUCCUAUUUGUACAGAAACAAUAAAUGUUGAAUAAGUUCCAUUUUUAUGUACCGUAAUCAUAUACUGCUACUGGUAUUGCCUUUUAAAAAAACUGAUUUAUUUUUUCCCCUGAAGAAAUCCUCUAUCCUGUCAAUCUUGUGUAUAUAGUCUUGUAUACAUAUUUGUAAAGUUUUGUAGCUGGAUAUGUUGGUGUAUAGAAUAAAAUGUUUGUGGUUUUUGUGAACUACUGAUGCUAAACACUGUUCUAUGACUCUGGAAUCAUUAAAGGGAUAUUUCACUAAGA